AUGGUCAAUCGUUUCGCCCGUCGCUCAUACCCAACUAAGAUUUUCUCGGAUAUCAAAUUUCCAUUCUCCAUCAUCCAUGGCCCAUGGGGGGGCUCAUGGCUAUCACAUACAUCAUGCACAUCGAGGCCUAAUCAGCAGCCAAAAGGCAAAGCAAUCAUUAUUGAGCAGAUUCAGUUGUCUUCAGCUAUCCCUGUUUUAACUGCUAAAGCAAAGGAAUACGGGCCGAAAGAUGUUUCGCAAGGGGUUGAGCAUGAUGUUGAAAAAGCAAAGCACAGCAAACAUAGUCAAGUUACAACAUCUAUAUGUCGGUCGGGCGCUGAAACAGAUUCGGACUUGAUUGGGUAUGUGGAAUAG